AUGUUCACUAUACCGACUAAUUGGCACGCACUAGUCUGGUCGCAUACAGCGUCAAGGACCCGGUUUCCGGGCAGUGCGAGCUUCGCGAAGCGACCUGAGCACGGCACUGCGGCCUCGUUACCGGUACAGAAACCGAGGCGUAACGCGCUCUUAUCGGCACAAUGGCGCGAAUCAAAACGCUCCUGGUCUUCAACGGCUAUUACUCGGGAAACAAUGACCCCACUAGAGCUUCCGUUCUUGCGACUUAGCCGAAUGGCGGCUGGCGACGCUCCUAGGUCAGCUGCAGUGACGCCUGACUCAGCGACGCCGGUAGCGGAACUCGUCAACGUGUCGUACCACGUUCGGGAGCACUUUCCUGUCAUUGAAGAUAUCUCGCUAGCCCUGCACCGCUACGAAAUUGUAUGUCUUGUGGGGCAGUCGGGUUCCGGAAAAUCGACCAUAUUGCGCCUCUUCGCUGGCUUGGUGCAGCCGACGCGCGGUACCGUGUACUUUGCAGGGAAGCCGCUGCGUGGCGUAAACCCCAAUGCAGCCAUUGUCUUUCAAAACUUUGCGUUAUUCCCGUGGCUCACGGUGGUGGAAAACGUGAUGCUGGGUCUGGGAUCCGAAAUCCCUCUAGCCGAACGCCGUCGACAAGCGACUGCGAUCGUCGAUAUGAUUGGACUCGAUGGCUACGAGAAUGCGUAUCCGCGCGAAUUAUCAGGUGGCCAACGCCAACGCGUAGGAUUCGCACGAGCGCUGGUAACCCAUCCGACGCUGUUGCUGCUGGACGAACCGUUUAGUGCACUGGACGUGCUUACUGCAGAGAACCUGCGCUCUGAGCUCCUGAACCUUUGGACGCAUGGCUCGAUGCCGACGCAGAGUAUCCUCAUGGUCACGCAUGGCAUUGAAGAGGCUGUAUCCCUGGCGGAUCGCAUUGUCGUCUUGGGCAAGGGUCCAGGCCGUAUACGGGCUGAAAUCCCGGUACGUCUCCGCCAUCCACGGGAUCGCAAGUCGGAUGCAUUUCAGGAGCUCGUCGAUCGGGUAUAUAAAAUCAUCAGCGACGAGGUUACGCUUCCGGUAGAUGCUGUGGACCAAGUCACGUCGGUUACAGAGCGUUCAGGAAGAGGCGGUGCAACGGCAUCGGAUUCUCGCGUGCUCGUGUCGCCACCGGAUCGUGCGCAAAGUCAACGAGGCUCUAUUGCCAGCACCGAGCAGGAAACCCAGAAUCGAGCUGGUGAUAACGCUGCCGCCGCAAGCCCAAGCACAACGAAUGACGGACAGCCAAGUGAUCGUCCGUUGUCGGCAGCUGCGAAGCGCCAGCUGCUGCAAAAGGCCGCGAGGAGUAAUGACGAGCGCUUGAACGAGUUCCCGGCAUUACCACCGGUUCGGUUGGGAUCUGUGGCGGGGCUUCUCCAGCUUCUCGCCUCAGAGAACAGCCCCGUCGUGGACCUCUAUCGCUUAGGCCAGGCGCUGCAGCUCGAUGUGCACGGCCUGUAUCCGAUCGUAGAGGCUGCGGAAAUUCUGGGUCUCCUCUCUGUAUCUGAAGGAGACGUGGCGCUCACUGGGGCUGGGCAUGCCUUUGUUGCCGGCAGCGUCGAUGAUCGAAAGCGAAUAGUUCGGGGAGCGCUGCUCGUGGCUCCAGAUGCACGUCUCAUCCAAACCAUUUGUCGAUUGUUGCAGCGAGCUAAGCAUCGUCGCAUUCCAGAGAGCCUGGUGCUCGACAGUUUACUCGAUCGAUACUUCGAGCCGUCCGAGUCUCGUCGUCAGCUCGACACCGCGAUCGAAUGGGGUCGCUAUGCCGAGCUCUUUGCGUACGAUAGCGUCAGCGGCGAACUCUUCCUCGAGGACGAGAACGACGCCAACACGAACGGAAUGCUCGCGGAUCGCCGCUCCACUGAAACCUAUCAGACGGAGACGCCAAACCAACGGCCCCGGGUAACCAACGCGGGGCACUCGGUAGACACAGCGCCGGAUCUGGAAUAA